AUGGAUUCUGCAAAUUUUCCAGCAAAAACACCAGUGUUCACAGGACAGAAUUAUGGUGUAUGGGCUGUAAAAAUAAAAACAUAUCUCAAAGCUUUUGACUUGUGGGAGAUAGUGGAGAGUGAUAGGCAACCAACUCCACUAGGAAACAAUCCCACAGUUGCACAGAUGAAAUUUUUCAAUGAAGAAAAGGCAAAGCUGUUCAAAGCUCUUACCUGUCUUCAUAAUGCUGUGAGUGAAGAAAUCUUCACAAGAAUUAUGGCUUGUAAAUCUGCCAAAGAAACGUGGGAUAAAUUAAAAGCAGAAUUUCAUGGUGAUGAGAAGUCAAGGAAGAUGCAAGUUUUAAAUCUCAGAAGGCAAUUUGAAGGUCUGAAAAUGAGAGAAACCGAUACCAUCAAAGACUUCUCUUUUCAAAUUUCGAAACUUGUGAAUCAAGUGAGACUUUUGGGAGAAGAUUUUUCAGAUUCAAGAAUUGUAGGGAAAGUUCUGGUAAGUCUACCAGAAAAAUUUGAGCAUAAAAUUUGUUCUUUAGAAGAUUCUAAAGAUUUCUCUGAAAUGAGCCUGCAAGAACUGGUAAAUGCAUUGCAAGCUGUGGAGCAAAGACAAGCUUAUAGACAAGAAGGAACAAGUGAAGGAGCUCUUGUUGCAGUUUACAAGGAGAAGAGUCGGGCUAAGAAUUUUUACAGAAACAAUCAAGAAGAAAAAAGAGAAAAAGGGAGAGGCUGGCAAUCCAAUAACUGGCAACAGAACAACAACAUCUUCACUGAAGGGAAAGAGAAGAAAGAACAUUUUCCUGCUUGCAAAUUCUGUCAGAAAACAAAUCAUCUUGAAGCCUGGUGUUGGCUCAAGAAUGCACAAUGUCGAAACUGCAAGAAAUUGGUCACAUUCAAAGAUUCUGCAAAAAUAAAGCAGAACCAGAAAAACAAGCUCAAGUAG